GGGGGGGGGAGAGGGGCAUCAUAGAUGUUUGUUUCGGCCCGACAAAUAGGUACGUGUGCAGGGGCCUUUGUACCCCUGCCCCAGGGCCUUUGAAAUCUCCAUUGAAAUCGGAUACUAAGCUGAAGUUUGCUAGAAUAUGGGGCGCUAGUAUCGCCAGGGUCAGCUUCAGUUGCCACAAGAAGAUUUGUAGGAGAGCGCGCCACUUUUAUGAGCUCCCGAGGAGAAUUCCACCAAAUAGUUCAUUAAUGAGAGUUUGACGGAAGUUGGAAGGCCCUGCCCAGGCCGCCCCUGUCAUACUCGUAGUGACGUUUUUAGAUAACAAGUAUUAUAACACCUGGCAACGGCAAGUUGUGAUAGUGAUGGCAAAAAUCGUUGUUAAAGAGGACACCGGAAUUAAAAGAGAACAGGAUGAAGAGAAUCCCAUUCCAGUAUUUCAAUCAUUAGAGCAAGAAAAUGCAGAUGAAGAUGAAAAUAAGCCCUGUCCUGUUUUGGAAUCAUUAGAACAAGAAAAUGCAGAUGAAGAUGAAGAGAAGCCCAGUUCAGUAUUGCAAUCAGUAGAGCCAAAAAAUGCAAUUGAAGAUGAAGAUAAGCCCAGUCCAGUAUUGCAAUCAGUAGAGAAAGAAAAUGCAGGUGAAGUUGAAAAUAAUCCCAGCCCAGAAUUGGAUUCAGCAAGGCAAGACAAUGCAGGCGAAGAUAAAGACGAGCCCAAUCCUGUUUUACAAUCAGUAGAGCAAGAAAACGCAAAUAAAGAUGAAGAUAAGCCCGAUCCUGUAUUACACUUAGUAGAGCCAGAAAACGCAAAUGAAGAAGAAGAUAAGACCAAUCCAGUUUUACAAUCAGUAGAGCAAGAAAACGCAAAUGAAGAUGAAAAUAAGCACAAUCCUGUUUUACAAUCAGUGGAGCAAGAAAACGCAAAUGUAGAUGAAGAUAAGCCUAAUACUGUUUUACAAUCAGUAGUGCAAGAAAAUACAAAUAAAGAUGAAGAUAAGCCCAAUCCUGUUUUACAAUCGGUAGAGCCAAAAAAAUCAACUGAAGAUGAAGAAAAGCCAAAUACUGUUUUACAAUCAGCAGAGCAAGAAAAUACAAAUGAAGAUGAAGAUAAGCUGAUUCCUGUUUUACUAUCUGUAGAGCAAGAAAACUCAAAUAAAGAUGAAGAUAAGCCCAAUCCAGUUUUACAAUCAGAAGAGCAAGAGAAUGCAGAUGAAGAUGAAGAAAUGCCCAGUCCAAUAUUGCAAUCAGUUGAGCAGGGGAAUGCUGAUAAAAGUGAAGAUAAGCCCUGUCCUGAAUUGCAUUCAUUAGAGCCAGAAAAUGCAGAUGACGAUGAAGAUAAGCCCAGUCCAGUAUUGCAGUCAGUUGAGCAAGGGAAUGUAAAUAAAGAUGAAGAUAAUCCUAGUCCAGAAUUGCAAUCAGUAGAGCAAGGAAUUGCAAAUGAACAUGAAAAUAAUCCCAGCCCAGAACUGCAUUCAGUAGGGCAAGAUAAAGCAGAAGAAGAUGAAAAUAAUCCCAGUCUAGAUCUGCCUUCAGUAGGGCAAGAAAAUGCAGACAAAGAUGAAGAUAAGGUCUGUCCAGUAUUGCAUUCAGAAGAGAAAGUAAAUGCAGUUGAAGAUGAAGAGAAGCCCAGUCCAGUAUUGCAAUCAUUUGAGCCAGAGAAUGCUGAUAAAGAUGAAGACAAGCUCAGUCCAGUAGAGCAAGAAAAUGCAGUUGAAGAUGUCACUAAGCCCAGUCCAGUACAGCAAACAGUACAGGAAGCAUGUGCAGAUGAAGAUGAAGAUAAGCCCUGUCCAGUAUUGCAUUCAGUAAAGCAGGAGAAUGCAGAUGAAGAUGAAGAUAAGUCUUGUGUAGUAAUGCAGCCAGUAGAGCAAGAAAAUGCAGAUGAAGGUGAAGAUAAGCCUAGUCCAGUACUGCAUUCUGUAAAGCAAGAAAAUACAGACAAAGAUGAAGAUAAGCCCAGUCCGGUGCUGCAUUCAGUAAAGCAAGAAAGUGCAGAUGAAGAGAGUGUCGUUAUUCCUCCUUGCAUGUUAGAUCAAAAAGGAGUGGACGAAUACUAUAAGAAAUUAUUGGAAUCAGUUGCUAAUAUUAAUUGUGCAUUGCCACUGUUGGAUUUAAUCAUGUUCCCAGAUAUGGCUACUGAACUUCUCAAUGAACACGAGGGAGAAUUAGUAGCAAACGAGGAUGAGAAAUUAAAGGAUGAAAUAUUGCUUUUGUCACCUCAAUUUAGUCAGGUGCGACUCGCUUUAUGGCUAUCUCUAAAGAAUAAUGUGUAUUGUUUGCGCAUGGAUGUGGAGCCUGUUAUGCAGAGAACAUUACUCAUUCUCACUGAUAAGAAAUUAAAAGAAAUGGAAAUGCAACUCUACCAUUUGAUGGAUAUGGGAAAUAUGGACAAAAUUACAAGAAAAGUGGAGAAGUUGAGAAUGGAUUUAUUGCAUGAAGAGUUGCAUGCCAUUAUGAAGAGAAAAUUAUCCGUGCUUUUUAAACGCAAACUGGAAGAAAUGAUGUGGCAAGUGUGGCAUAUGAUUGAUGAAAGGUUGGUGAUAAAAAGCAGAGAAAGCACUGGAGCGCCGGCGCAUGCAAUUCUGCUCCAAAUGGGAAGUUGGCUUUCGCAGACAAAGGCCCUUAUGGAGAAACCAUUAUUAACUGUUGUUGAAAGUUCAGUGAAAGAAAUGGAGAGGCAAAUGUGUAAUUUUGUGGAAGCAAGGUUGAGGUUAAUAGUCGAAGGAAUUAGAAAAAAUAAGGAACGAAUAACUGCAGCUCUAAGGCGAGCGGGAAUCCCAGAGGCGCUCAUUGCUGGGCAGUCUUGUGUAUCAUCUGAAAAGGCUUCAAGGGAUAGUAAAGAAGAGGUUUGUUCUGUUGCUACAGUGAAAAUGGAAGAAGUAGGUAAGAGAGAGGAUGCUCUUGAGAGACCUGAUGAAGAUUGUACAAGCGUCAAAUUACCUAAAUUGGAUACUUCGCCAAAGAGGCCAAAUCUUGAAGAGAAAUAGUUAAUUGAACUAAAGCUUGUCAUUUAGCUUUUCAAAUCAGACUUUUGUGUGCCAUGAAGGAGUGCAUUUGGAGCAAAUGACUUUUCGGCUUAGACAAGGAUUUAUUAAUAGCAGUCUUUCAUGGUAAGGGAAAGGAAAAGAGCAUAUGAAGGAACACUUAAAAAUGUUCAGUUUUCUCAGGGUUAUGUGCCUUUGCAUUUAGCUGCAAAGAAAGAACACGUUAAUGUUCUGGAAUUCAUCUCAUAGAUGGUACACACACAAACGAAGGGCAGAUAGAAGUAAUCACUCCCUUGAUGGGGGCCGCAAAUCAGUGCCCUGCUUCACGCUUUGCUUCAGGAUCUCAGCUGGUGCAGUUGUUACUGAAAUAACUGGGUAUAAUUUCUCUUGUGUUCCUAAAGCAGAAUUAAUUUGAUGCUCCUGAGGAAGUCUGUUCUCCCAAAUUUAUUUUAAGAAGUUAUUUGUAUUAAAUAUUGUGUGUUAAAUGUAUAAAACUUGUUUAUUAGAUUAUACAUCUGUCAGAUUUACUGUUAUUAAUCUUGAUAUUCUAAAUUUCUUAAGAAUCUUAUAGGUUGGGUUUCAUUAUAUCUUAGUACAUUGAUAAGUUCAUGUUUUCUGACCAUUCAGUUUUGGUCAAUGUUUUUGUUUUUUUAAGAAUUUUCAACUUCGUAAAUCUGUUUCGUAUUGACUGCAGUAAUUGUGAUUUGGUAGAAAAUACUGGUAAGGAAGGUAGUUUUGGGAAGUAUUGGCCUGUGGUAUUAGACUUCUCCACACUUUUAUUAGUUAAGUGAUAUUGUUUAUAAGUCUGUAAGUUAAUGUAUUUUAUUUCUGUGUGCAAUGGUUUGUAUAUGAUUUUUGCUGUAUUGUGAUUUUUUAACCACCCCAGUGAGUGAUCUUCAUUUUUGCUCACAUUAUGUGAUUUUAUGUAUGUGCAGUUUCAUUUCGCUAUGUUGAUAUGAUAAUUUUAAAUUUGAAACUGUUUUGUUAUAUUGUGACAGUAAUAAUUUUGCCAAAAAGUUGUAUGUUAGAAGGAUUUAUUUUUCUCAUCCUAUUUCUUCAAUGAUUAUUGGAUUUAUUCAGAUUAUAAUUAUUAUUAGAAUUGUUUUAUUGAGUGUUAAUUAUUUGACAAUAAACAAACUUGAAAGUGCA